AUGGUGGCACCGGCUUUAGCCGCCAUAGGAAAGGAAUUUGGCAUUACUUCGUCCAUGGAGCAAGUCUUGGUCAUGUCUAUAUUCCUUUUGGCCUAUGCUGUCGGGCCCUUUUUGCUGGGCCCUCUGUCUGAGAUAUUUGGCAGAGUAGUUGUCCUGCAGCUGGCAAAUCUGUUCUACUUGGUAUUUAACGCUGCCUGUGGCUUUGCGCAAAAUAAGCAACAAAUUCUUGCCUUUCGGUUCCUCAGUGGUCUUGGAGGAAGUGCGCCACAAGCUGCCGUGGCUUUCGUAUUCCUCAAGGAGACUUAUGCGCCUAAACUUUUGGCGAAUAAAGCCAAAAAACUACGACGGAGCACUGGAAACAAUGCACUGCGGACCAAAUGGGAAAUGGAAAACCGUUCAUUUGGUAUGCUGUUGCGCAAAAGCCUCGUCAGGCCGUUCAUCAUGCUCGGUACACAGCCAACAAUUCAAGCCCUCGCGUUAUACCGAGCGUAUUUAUAUGGCCUCAUGUAUCUGGUCUUAUCCUCAUUUCCCCUAGUCUGGGAAGGAGUCUACAAGCAAACCACCGACAUAGCAAGUUUAAAUUAUCUAUCCCUCGGUAUCGGAUUCGUGAUAGGUCUGCAAAUAUGUGCUCCAAUAAUGGACAGGAUCUACAUCCGCCUAAAGGCCCACUAUAACCAUCCAGGCCGUCCCGAAUUCCGCAUCCCCCUAAUGAUACCCGGCGGACUCCUCGUCCCCAUUGGCCUCAUAACCUACGGUUGGACUACCCAACCGCACAUCCACUGGAUAAUUCCCAACAUCGCUUCUGCGAUCUUUGCGACGGGGCUCAUCAUCGGUUUCCAGUGCGCACAAGCAUACAUUGUAGACGCAUAUACGCAAUAUGCUGCUUCAGCAACAGGCGCCGCUGCCUUUUUGCGGACGUUGGCUGGGUUUAGUUUCCCGUUGUUUGCGCCGAGUUUGUAUGUGCGGUUGGGUUUGGGUUGGGGAAAUGCGUUGUUGGCGUUUAUUUCGGCGGGGAUGGGGAUUGUGGCGCCUGCGCUGUUGUGGAGGUAUGGGGAGUUUUUGAGGGGGAAGAGUACUUAUUGUGCUGGGUGA